ACAAUAAUAGAUUGCUUGUUAUAUUAUCAUAUAUCUUGCUUUUGUUCCUAGGGUUUGUGAUUCUGGUUAUUGAUUCAUCAUCAUCAUCAUCAAUCUUCCCCAAAUUUCAUCACUGGAUCGGUUUCAGAUCCUAUAAUCCGUGAUUGAUCAGAUAUGGUGCUAUCGCAAAAGCUUCACGAGGCAUUCAAAGGCACGGUAGAGAGGAUAACCAGCCCUAGAACCGUAUCGGCUUUCAAAGAGAAAGGCGUUCUUAGCGUUAACGAAUUCGUCAUCGCCGGCGACAAUCUCGUUUCCAAAUGCCCUACCUGGUCAUGGGAAUCUGGUGAUCCAAACAAGCGGAAGUCAUAUUUGCCGUCUGAUAAACAAUUUUUGAUCACUAGAAAUGUUCCUUGUAUGCGAAGAGUUGCAUCAAUACAAGAAGAAUAUGAAGCUGCUGGCGGUGAGAUAUUACUUGAUGACGAAGAUAAUGAUGGCUGGUUGGCUACUCACGGGAAGCCAAAAGACACCAAGGGUGACGAGGAGGAAAAUGUGCCUUCCAUUGAAACCCUAGAAAUAAGUAAGAAAAAUACCAUCCAGUCGAUUCCUUCGUAUUUUGGCACCGAGGAGGAAGAUGACAUCCCAGACAUGGAAGAAAUUGAUGAAUCUGACAACCUUGUUGAGGAAGAUCCUGCAACCCUUCAGCCUACGUAUCUUGUUGCUCAUGAGCCCGACGAUGACAAUAUAUUACGAACUCGAACUUAUGAUGUCAGCAUCACGUAUGAUAAAUAUUAUCAAACUCCUCGUGUUUGGCUUACUGGUUAUGAUGAGUCAAGGAUGCUUCUUGAUCCAGAGUUAGUUCUAGAAGAUGUCAGUCAAGAUCAUGCUCGCAAAACGGUAACUAUUGAAGACCAUCCACAUUUGUCAGGGAAACAUGCAUCUGUACAUCCAUGCAAACAUGCAGCUGUGAUGAAGAAACUAAUUGAACCCCUAAUAGCUGGAGGACUUGAACCACAAGUUGACAAGUACCUUUUCUUGUUCUUAAAGUUUGUUGCUACUGUAAUUCCAACAAUUGAAUAUGACUACACCAUGGACUUUGACUUGGGGAGCUCCAGUACUUGAUUCGAAGAUACGCAUCUUCCCCUCUUCUGAGGUUACGCACGUACUGCUUCAAAGGUUGCGGAUAUGCUCUUCGGGAAUGGUUCAAGCUAAAGCCAUUUAAGUUGGUGUUACUUCGUUACGUUUACUGUGUUCGGUUUAUUGUAAAUAUGGUGCCAUAUGCAAGAAAAAAAGAAACAAGUAAAAGUGAAGCCUUGGAGUGUAUCUUAUGUUCUUUGGACAUGUAAAUCGCUGGAAACAUUCUAUUUGAUUUACCUGUUUAUUUAUGUGGGACUGUCUUGAAGUUGUUUGUUCUCUUGUGCUGUGUAAUUUAUGUGCAUAAUUAACAUU